UGGCGUGUUCAGAGAGGGAGGAACGGGCGCUGCGCCGGGACGGUAUUUUUCAAAUAUAUAUUUAUUUUUUAUGAACUUAAAGCGAGCCGAGCCUGGUUUACGUACUAAACGCGUGCCUUUUUUCACCACCAGGUAAAAGAUGCCAGCUGUCAGGUUUCAGCCUGGGGAUACUGUUAUGGGCCGCUGGCCUGGCAGUAACCUCUAUUAUGAAGUCAAAGUGCUAAGGUUCGAUCCCAAGACUCAGCUCUACACUGUCAUCUACAAAGACGGCACAGAGCUGGAGCUGAAAGAUGGAGAUAUCAAGAGUCUGACCGGCUUCAAGCAGGGCCGCUCUCGUUCUCGUUCUCGUUCUCGCUCGCCGGCCCGUACUCGCCGAAGUCGCUCACGUUCACCGGCCAGGACAGUACGUCGCUCCUCCUCUCGCACUACAGAAGUGCGCAAGGAGAAGUUUAAAGAGGUGCUAGAAGUGCGCCUCACACCUGUGGCUGUGCCUCUUGAGAACAAUAGCAACAAUAGGCAUGAAAAGAAAGAGGAAAAGAAAGAAGAAAAUGAUACAGCUAACAAAGUCAAUGAGAAGACUGAGGAAGAAUCGGAGAACCAGGUAGGUAGCCGUUACAACCUUCGCCGCAGGAAGGACCAGGGUGACGGCCGACCCGCAGAGCUGGAGAAAAAGUUGGAGGCAAUUUUGCCGCAGGCCACGCCACGGGAAGCCGUCAAAACUACAGAGCUGGAGUUUGGAGGGAGGUUUGGUGUGUUGUUUUGGCUGCUGUUUCUGCCUGUGAUGGUACUGGCCUUGCUUAUACUCUGUGCCCAAGAGGAUGCUAGUCUACUCAACUUCCCCCUCACACCCCCUCCGCUUCAUUCUCUCUGGGACUGCCAGGUCUUUGGCAUUGUGCUCCUCUGGCUGCUCUUCCAGGCUGUUCUCUCUCUUCUCCCUAUCGGCAAGGUUGUUGAAGGAAUGCCCCUGAAGAACGGGAAAACAUUAAAAUACAGGAUCAAUGGCUUUUAUGCGCUGAUCUUCAGUGCGAUUUCAGUUGGUGCUGCUUCGUAUAACGAAGUAGAUCUCAGCUACAUCCACGGCCAUUUCCUGCAGUUCUACACCUCUGCCCUGAUCAUCUCCAUUCUUCUCAGUGUCUACCUGUUUAUCCGUUCCCGCUGGGCUGCUGUUGAUGAUCUUGCCCCUGCUGGCAAUUCUGGUUAUGUGUUUUAUGAUUUCUUCAUGGGACGUGAGCUGAACCCACGAAUCAAGGACUUUGAUAUUAAAUUCUUCUGCGAAAUGCGUCCAGGCCUGAUUGGUUGGGUUGUGAUAAACUUUGCCAUGUUACUUGCUGAGAUGAAACACAAGAAUCUUGACACCCCCUCCCCAGCCAUGCUCCUGGUGAACGGCUUCCAGCUGCUUUGGGUUGCUGAUGGCCUUUGGCAUGAGGAGAAACUUCUAACCAUGAUGGAUAUAGUGCAUGACGGCUUUGGGUUCAUGCUGGCAUUUGGAGAUCUGGCCUGGGUUCCUUUUACAUUCACUUGCCAGGCUUACUACCUUGCCAGUCAUCCCAGUGACCUCUCUGCAUUCUGGAUUGUAGCCAUCAUGAUAAUGAACGUUGUUGGUUACUACAUUUUCCGGAAAGCCAAUUCCCAGAAAUUUGCCUUUAGAAGAAAUCCAUCAGAUCCUGCUUUGUCUCAUCUGAAAACGAUUCCGACUGCAACUGGAAAGAGUCUCAUCGUCUCUGGCCUGUGGGGUUUUGUCCGUCAUCCGAAUUACCUUGGUGACCUCAUUAUGGCUCUGGCCUGGUCCUUAUCAUGUGGUUUCAAUCAUGUGAUUCCUUAUUUUUACCUCAUCUACUUGAUUCUCCUGCUGGUCCAUCGUAAUGCACGAGAUGAGCACCAGUGUAGGAAAAAGUAUGGCUUGGCGUGGGGAGAAUACUGCAAAACAGUGCGUUACCGCAUCUUCCCUGGGAUAUACUGAGAAUCGUAAUGGACGUUUGUGGCAUGCUAAAUUUCUGGGAGAAAAAAAAAACAACAGUUUAAUGGAUCCAAAAAAUAAAUAAAUAACAAGCACAAAUUAAGCUGAUGUCAUUGAGCAGCUUGGCAGCUAUUUGAGUCAUAAAAAUGAACAAAAUAUAGUUUUUAAUGAAAUCACUUUCGGAGUAUCCUAAAUUAUACUUUUGUAAAACAUCAGUUUUCUAAAGCUGCCCCCGUUUUAAGCUCUCCUGAAUAUGUAUAUUAAUGUACAUAAAUCUUUUUCUACUCAGUCUCUGCCAUACAUUGAUAGCAUCAUCUCUUACAGUACCUUCUUACAUAUUUGAAGUAUUACACCAUAUGCUUUGCUUUUUUUUUUCUUUUUUUUCCCUUAAAUUUCUUAAAAUAUUUUGCAAGAAUACAGUUUUGGUAUACUGCUUUUGUAUAAUAUGUAUGAUGGGAUAUAAAUGCUUUUUUUAUUAUUAUUUGUAUAGUAUGAACAAGCAGUUAUGCGCUCUCUCAGGACCAUUGCUUUGUGAUAAAACAAAAGAAUUAACUAGUAGGUUUUGUCUUAAUUUUUUGUAUAUAUUUUGAUGCAGAUUUUUUUUUCUUUAUUCAUUUUAGGCAUGGUAUGCACUAUGGGUAGACAUGUAAUCCAAAGUUUGUAAGAUUUGGGCUUUGCUACCUCAGGUCUGUUGUCAGUUUCUGUUCUCCUGCUCUGGAAAAAGGUUACGUUGGUUCUAGCUAUUCAAACACCUUGUUCCAGGCAGGAGAAUCUUUGUUAAAUCUUUUUCAAAAGAAUAAUAAGAAAUCUUUCUCCAUUUUAGUCUUGCUGGAAGGCAAACACUCAGUUUUAAUGAAGGCUUUACUCUAAUAUAUAUGAUACAGUUGCAUGUAAUAUAGCGCUGUUGUUGGAAACAAAACCUUGUGUCUGUUUUUUGUCAUUUUUCAGUUUUCAGCGUAAUCAGCUCAUUUUCUUUUACGUUGUGUGUAAAUUUCAUGAUGAAUGAACCAAAAGUAACGGCCCAAAAUUACUUGGAAAAAAUAGAUUUAAAUUAGAAAAAAUUCUGGUUCCACUGAUUUUAAAUGAAAAGUAAAGUAGUUUUUUCCUUCUCCUGUAAAGUUACCAUUUUGGAGAUGGGAGGUUUUUGCUCCAGCAGCAGCAGCGAUAUAAUAUAUGCAUUUGCACUUCUUUUAUGUACCUAAAAUGUGGUGUUGAAACAGUCCUAGCAGGACAUGGAAGUUAUAUCUACCUUUAAUUGUAACCUAAAACCACUGCCAGGGGUGUUGGAGAAAAAGAGCUGUCUGCAACACGUAGAGUUGUGCUUCACACAAGUGACAUUGGCAGAUUUGAAUCAAGUAUUAAAAGGUAGGCGACUAUAAAAUGGAUGUAAAUCGUCCCUAAUUAUAAAUCCUUUAUUGUUAAUUUAAGCCACCAGCCUCACAAACAGGGACGUUACUGAUGCUUUAAUUUAUUUAACUGUGUUACUUUGUAAAAACGGGUUGAUCAAGAAACUGCAACCUUCUUUCCUAUUGUAGCAAAUCUGUAUUUUUAUAGAAUGGGUGAUUUAUCCGACAUGUACAGCUAAGCUAAUGAUUGUCACCUUGAAGAUUGAAAUUUUCAACCAUUUAAGUCUUCUCUGUUAAAACGCCACUGUAGAUUAGAGAACCGCAAACUAGAGUCUAAACUAGCAAAUACAUGUUCCACCACUGAAUGCAAUGUAUAUAUUUGACUUUUUUCUUUCUUAAGUGAUUUCCAGUAGACGUAGUUGUUUAAUUUUUAUUUGAUAGAUAUUUAAUAUUGCAUUUUUUUUACCUUAUGGUUAAGCCUGAAUUCCCAAUAUCAUUAUUUCAAUUAUAAUUUUAUUGUUUCUAUUUUUUCUUGUAACAUUCGUCUUUUCCAUCAGUAAUUCAGCCAGUUGUUUUUGGUUAGAUGGCACGUUUUCUAAUGAAAUGGUGAUCAACAAUAUUACAAAUUAGUCCUGAUAUUCUGUUUGCCUCUCCAAGUCUGUGACCUACAGAUCAGACCUUACAUUGUACAAAAUGUUUUGCAAAAAAAAUAAAGUUUUCAGUAUUUUGUCA